GCUGACUGCGUGGUGAUGGAACUUGAAGAUGGAGUAGCUCUUUCUUCAAAAGCCGUGGCGCGUACGCAGGCGACAAAGGCACUUGACAAGUUUGCUAAAGAGCAAUUGAAUUGUUUUGAGUUGGGCCUCCGAGUUAAUUCGGUGGCGAGCGGAUUGCUGGAGGACGACGUUAAGGAAAUAUGUAAAGCCGAACAUCUGCCGCAAGCAUUCAUGGUGCCGAAAGUUGAUAGUCCAGAAGACGUAGCGAAGAUAUACGAUGUUUUUAGAAGCAAUUAUUCUGCAAAAAGAGUUACGGACACGAAUACCCGCCUUGUUAUAUGGAUAGAAUCAGCAAGAGCACUUCUCGAUAUGCCAAGAAUUUUGUCGUCUACACUAAACCUGCAUAAAAACUCUGGAUUUUUUAAACUGGACGCUGUUGUCUUUGGAUCCGAUGACUACUGCGCUGACAUAGGUGCGUUUUCUUGA